AUGACCUGGCGAGGGAACAAAACGCUGUCCCCAAGAAGGAGUAAAGGGGACUGGGGGCCGCGAACUGCAGGCGGCUGUCAACCGGGAGGCUCGGCCCUCUGCAGUCGAGCACGUGAGGGACUAGGCGCGAUCUGGCACAGCCGGACACCCGCACGCUGGGAGGCGGAAGCGCGGCCCCGCGCUGUCCGGAACCCGCAGGCCGGGAGGCGCGGCCCCGCGCUGUCCGGAACCCGCACGCCCGGGAGGCGCGGCCCCGCGCUGUCUGGAACCCGCACGCCCGGGAGGCGAGGCCCCGGUCUGGGGAAGAUGGUGGUGCGGAUCAGGCCUCGGAAAGUCGCUCGGAGAUACCGGGCGGCCGCAGCCGCUGCUGUCGCCAUCCUGAUCGUGCAGACCCUGGCAGUAUGGAGCUUCAGCGGCCUGGAGAGUGAGGAGGAGAAGGGGAGGGAGAAGAGAACCAAAUUGCCAGAUAGCAAUGAAGUGGACAGUUCUGACAGUCGGCAUCUGGGGCCCAGCCGGCGGCUGAGCCCAUGGAGAGUGAGUAAGGAGCACCCAGGCAGCACUGCCAGCAUACUAAGGACUAGUUUAGUAAGACACAAGCCUGCAGCGCGGCGCAGGAUGUCCCCAAGAAUCCACUUUGGCGAUACCAUCCAAAGUGAUCCGUCCAACAGCAGAAAUACCAGUGAUGUGAAAGGGGAAUCAAAGAAUGGGGACAUCGGAAGCGUGGGAGGAGCCCCUCAGCCCACCAGCAAUGACUUCUUACCUAACUGCGACAUCGUGGGGAAGGAUGCCUUGUCUGCGUUAGCCAGAGCGAGCACUCAGCAGUGUCAGCAAGAGAUCACCAAUGUUGUUUGUUUACACCAGGCUGGGAAACUGAUGCCACACUCUGUUCCUCGCUCCUGUCACCUCUCAGGGAAACCCAACAGCAACGUCCAGUGGGAAGACAGCAAUGUGGAUGUGGCAUCAUUCCAGACCCCCGUUAGAAUUGUCUAUGUCCUUGUCGUUCAUGGCAGAGCCAUUAGGCAGCUGAAGCGGUUGAUCAAAGCCAUUUAUCAUCAGCACCACUUUUACUAUAUCCACGUGGACAAGCGUUCCGAUUACCUGCACAGAGAGACGUUGAAACUAGCCCAGCAUUACUCCAACAUCCGGAUAACCCCCUGGCGGAUGGUUACAAUCUGGGGAGGUGCAAGUCUGCUGAAGAUGUACCUGCACUGCAUGAAAGAUCUGCUGGAAAUGGCGGACUGGGAGUGGGACUAUUUCAUCAACCUGAGUGCCACUGACUACCCUACCAGGACAAAUGAUGAGCUGGUGGGAUUCCUCUCCAGGUACAGAGAGAAAAACUUCUUGAAAUCUCACGGCCGAGAUAAUGCCAGAUUCAUCAAGAAGCAGGGAUUAGAUCGACUCUUCCAUGAAUGUGACAACCACAUGUGGCGCCUCGGAGACCGGCAGAUCCCAGAAGGCAUUGCGGUAGAUGGCGGUUCUGACUGGUUCGCCCUGACUCACAAGUUUGUUGAUUAUGUGGUGUACACACAGGAUGAGCUGGUCACUCAGCUAAAGCAGUUCUACUGGUACACACUGCUUCCAGCUGAGUCCUUCUUCCACACAGUGCUGGAGAACAGCCACAUGUGUGAGACACUGGUGGACAACAAUUUGCGGGUCACCAACUGGAACCGAAAACUUGGCUGCAAGUGCCAGUACAAGCACAUUGUGGAUUGGUGUGGCUGCUCGCCAAAUGACUUCAAGCCACAAGACUUCAUAAGACUUCAGCAAAUGACCAGACCAACAUUUUUUGCUAGGAAGUUUGAAUCAUCAGUUAACCAGGAAGUGAUUGAUAUAUUGGACUCACACCUGUAUGGCAGUUACCCACCAGGGACACCAGCUCUGAAAGCCUACUGGGAGAAUGUCUUUGAUCAGAUGGAUGGGUUGAGCAGCCUUACUGAUGUUGCAAUUACCAGCUACAUGGCUUUCUUCAUGCUGGGCCUGAGCAAAGUGCAGACGUUGUGGCGACCAGGAACAAACAGCCAUUGCAGAUACGAGCCUGUGGGACAUACCCUCGCCGUCCACCUUUACUUCUAUGAUGACCGAUUCCAAGGUUAUUUAGUGAUGCAGCAAGUUAAGAAUGUCACUACAGGCCAGAAGGAGACCCUGGAGAGCUGGGUGGUACCUCGUUCCAUGCUACGCUUGGCAAAUAUUGGCCUAGCACUUGACCGACUUCAGAACCUGGAGGUGGGAACAGAAUGGGAUCCCAAGGAGCGACUGUUCCGUAACUUCGGUGGUUUGAUCGGGCCCUUUGACGAGCCUAUCGCCAUGCAGAAAUGGACCAAAGGCAGUAAUAUGACUGCCACAGUCGUGUGGAUCGAUCCUACUUACAUCGUUGCGACGUCCUACGACAUAACUGUGGAUUCAGAGGCUGAAUACACACAGUACAAGCCUCCUUUAAACCACCCACUGCGGCCUGGGAGCUGGACUGUGCGGGUGCUGCAUCUGUGGAUUCUCCUAGCAGAAACCAAGUUCCUGGUGGUUCCUCUGGCCUUCAGUGGGAAGCGACCAUUCAGAAAAGGACAAGACCAGUGGUUACACGCCGGCCCACCGAACAAUGAGUAUAUGGACCAGAGCUUCCAGCACCUAAGUGGGAUUCUGAACCUUCCUCCACCAGAUGUCGCAGUGAAGGAGGCUUUAAGUAAUGCUCAGCUAGUUGGAAAACCACUGGAAUCAUGGGUGUACGAGAGCGUGGGCAAGUUCUGGUCAGCUACCAACACCUGUGCAGUGGAACCUUCACCAUGCCCAUUACUGCCACCCUGUCAAAAGACUAGCUGGAGUUCUCUAUCAGAUGACCCCAAAUCUGAACUGGGACCAGUCAAAGGUGAUGGGCGUCUGAGGUAGCAUAGGAGAGGUGGGGGGGGGGGGGGGUUGGGGGUAAGGGCAGUGCACAGGAGUCAAGCCAGCAGAAAGAAACCCAAAUGUGAGCUGGCGUGUUGAUCCAAUGUCCUGUCACUGGUAGACAGAAAAAUUAUAGCAAUGUGUUAAAAAGACAAUGCAUAGAGUUUAAGAGGAAGGGGAAGAAUGGAUCACAGAUCCCUGCAUCACAAAGUCAUCCCAAUCCAAUGCAGCGAUUAGAUCUUUGGCAGGCGUUGAACUGAAGAGUCUGUCCUCGGCACAUUGUGGCUGCAUGAGGAAUUAUUGAACAGUGGUCCCUGGUUGAAUGGCCAUCAGUUGAACUUGGGGGAGCCCCAUCAUUCCUGGUUUCACCCGACUGUCUCUGGAAUCUUUGUUGCUCCACAAUGUUGCUAGGAUUCUGUUUGUGGUUGAAUUUUGAGCAAACUGUUGUUGGGUGGGAUGAUAUGAAUUGAUCCAAUAAUUUGAAAGUCAUUACCACAUUCCUUAGAGGAAAACACCAACUAAUUAUGAUGUUAAACAUAUUAACAUAUGGCCCCAACUUCAGAACUCUUCAUAAAGACAUUGUUUAUUGAAAAAUACAGUCUCCAGUUUUUGCUCAUCAAGCAGAAUGAUAUCUGUGUUGGGGAAUGGAGCACUUUCCACUCCAGGCAUCCAGUAUCAGCAUCAAACACUUCCAUGCAUUCAGCAUGGGUUAGACACAGAGUAAAGCUCCCUCCACACUGUCCCAACAAUAAAAUUCGAUCCCAAUCUGAGAAGUGUGCUUUUUAGUGUAGGUGUAUGAUUUUCUUUCCACUCUAGCCAUCCUGAGUAAAAUUGUUGAUGUAGUGAUGAAUUAACAAAUAUGGAAAGAACUUAUUUCUAAUUGGCCUGAUCACUUUCACAGGCUUAAUAUCCAUUUUAUUAUAAUUGAAAUCCAGUCACUUUUUUGACUCACUAAAAAGAAAUAAGCAAGCAGAUGAGGACAUAAAAAUCGCAAGCAAUGAUUCUUAAAAGAGCCGUAUAAUUUCAGACUAAUGUCUGGUUAGCUGGGGCAGUAGUGAGGCUCAGUGAACCUGGGUUCAGAAAAGACUUAAGAUAAUCCAAGUUUCUCACUCUCAACCAUGAACCAGCGACCUCUACUGUCCCUGAGGUGAGGGCAGGAUUGGAUUCAUCACAUGGUUUUCUGUGGUUGAAUUGCCUGUCAACACCCACUGUCUUGGCUGAUAAAGAAUAACCAAUUGUGUGAGGUACAGAUUUCAGGUGAUGACAAAAUAAUAGGGGUGGGAAAUGAGCAGAAUUUCUUUACCCAGUGAAUUAAGAUCUGGAAUGCACUGCCUAAACAAGUGGUGGAGGCAGAUUCAUGAGUAACUUCCAAAUGUAAGUUGGAUAAAUAUUUCAAAAGGAAAAAUUCGUGGGUCUCUGGGGAAAGAGCAGGAAGUUGGACAAAUCAGAUAACUUCCUCAAAGAGCCAAUAAUUGCAUAUUGCACCACAUGGCUGCCUCCUGUGCUGCAUAUUUCUACACUCAGAGGGUGAGGUGUGCUGCACCCCAGUAAAGAAGGAUAUUUUUAAAAAUAUUUUUCAUUACGGAACAAUUGUUGGCACGAAACCUAGUUUUCAUUUGAGAAACAUACGAUGCUUCCUGUACCAGAGCAGCAUCCUGGCUGACAUCACUCCCCCAUUCCUUCUUUCAAACAAAAACGUUCAGACUCUGGCAUUGAAAGAUUUUGUUCUUUGAAAGGUCCUUCCAUUUGAUUUUACUAUCCAACUUGUUUUGAUGAGGACAGUACCAAAUGAAACAUUGUAUAGUUUCUGUAAUAUAGAAAAUGUUAUGUAUAUAGUAUAUAGUUACUUCGGUAUGUGACUAUAUUACCACAUUAUUACAUAUGACCAAACACCUUCCCUGAUUCAGCUGUCAAGAUCUGUAUCUUGCUUUUUUACCCUGCCCCUCAAAACACACAGAGAAAUGAGAAUUCAUAUUUUUUCAAUAAUAAAGUAUACACUGUUUGUCUGUAGAAA